AUGACAUCUUCAUCAUCGUCGAAAGAUCGUGGAAAUAAAACACGAGAUGAUUGUCAAAUUCAUGUUGACAAAGAAGGCGAGUCAUGUGUGAUUAAAAUUGAAAGCGUCGGCCAAGAGAAAAUUCUCAAAGAACUAUUAGAACGUUUCAAUCAUUUCAAAGCCGAACUUGAUCAAUUAGCAGCCCAUCAAUCAAAACCAAUCGAUGAACAAUUACAGAAAGUCAAUCAGAAAUUACACGCAGACUUAAAUAAAAAAUUUGAUGAAAUUAAACAAGAUUUAUAUCAAUUCCAGAAAACGAAUGGAGUUUCUAAAGAUCUAAUCGAUAAAAUUCUUCAUAAACUGGAUAAUUUAGGAACAUCGCACGACGAAGAACGAAAACGGUACUCAACAGAUUUGCAGAAUUUCAAAGAACAAAUUCCGACCAAGAAUGAUUUCAAACCUAUUCUGGAUGUUGUUCAAACGCUUCAAUCAUCGUUCGAAAAAGAAAAAACUAAACCGGAUAUUCUCGCACGCAAGAUCGACGCUAUCGAUCAAAAACUAAAAGAAUCUCAACCAGAACAUUUAGCCAUGAUGAAAGAUAUCCAAACCAAAAUCGACCCAGUCCAUAAAGCUUCACCGCACACAAGCGAAACCUUAAUGAAAAUCAACGAUCGUGUCAAGGCAAUGCACGCCGAAACGGUCAAACCUCAUCCAGAAGUCAUGAAGAAAUUAGAUGACAUCGAUCAUCAAAUCAAACAUCAACCGAACUACAUUAUGGAACCAAUGAAAGAAUUUCUUAAUGCAAAAUUUCUCGAACAACAGAAGAGCGAAGUGCAAAGCAAAAAAGACGGAGGAGAAAAAUUAGGCUCACCAAGUCUAACGACAGAUAGUAAUAGUCCGAGUCGGACGCCGCUAUGUAUGAACGGGAUAAUACCUGCGCUAUCUAAUUUAUCUGAUCCGCGUGUCACAAGUGAGAUCGCACAGAAACUAGCAGAUAUUCAGGCGAAACUUUCAUUGCCGGAUGAUCAUAAACGUAAACAAGAGCAAACAUUAUUGCUCGAUGAAAUCAAACGACUGGCACCGAUUUUGGAGAAAUUAAAACAGCAUCAACAGAAAGAUUCGGACAAUCUCAAUCGAGAACUGGAUAAAUCAUUUCAACCAAUUGUACAAAAAUUAAACGAUCUUGCAAAACAACAAGAUUUAAUCAAGAAUAUCGACUCGAAAUUGAAUCAUUUAGGUCAAAACCUCGAAAAAGAACACGAAACAAAAAGACGAACAGAUUCACAACCGGAUAUCGGUAAGGAGAUUCAAACACGUACUCAAACACUUCAACAAGCUGUGGAUAAUUUGUCUAAACAACAACAGCCAAUAGUAGAAAUCGUUCGUGAAUUGCCGAGAAAACUGGACGACCUUCGUCAAUCUCAAUCCCAAACAGAAAUUCUCAAAACAAUCUCAGCGAAACUUGAUCCACUAGCACAAUCAAUCAAGGUGAUCAAACAAGAUCUCGAACGUCAAACUCAGUCGAAAGAUCAAGACAAUCAAACAUUAGCAAAUCUAGACAAAAAAUUGAAUCAAGCAUUAGUCGAAUCGCCUAAACGGCCGGAAACAUCGCAAGAGAUUGAGAAAGCUCUUCAUCCAUUCUCCCAAAUUAUUAAAACAUUAAAAGAUAGUAUCGAACAGUCUCAAGCUCAACAACAAAAUGAAACCAAGAAAUUGAACAAUCUCGAACAACACUUGUCGAAAUCUUUUGAAACGACGCCAAAAUCGGCUGAAAUCAUAAAUCCUCUGAUGAAUAAACUCAAUGAAAUGGCAACAAGUAUUAAACAUCAACAGCAAAUAAUAUCCGAUGGUCUUCUUGCGAAAUUAAACGAAUUCACACAAAAGCAAGGAUCUCCGGUGGAAACGGCAACGAAAGAUAUGCAUUCGAAAGAUUCAACUGGACUCGACAAGAAAAUCGACCAACUUUUCGAUCCACUGAAUCACGUCAACCAACAAGUUCGACAGAUAUCGGAAAAACUCGAUCAAAUCCAACCGAAACAAAUUGAUGAUCCAAUCAAAAAACCUUCACCUGAAUUAACUAACACUUUGAAGAAAUUAGAUGAACAGUUCGAUAAGCAACAUACAAGAGAUAAACUCUUGAACGACAUUCAUCAACAGUUGACUCAUCUCAAUCAGAAUCUACCCGCUAUGGGAGACAUUCCAAAACGAUUAGAUCUGAUCAAAGAUGUUCACGAUCGAUUGAAAAAUCUCGAUGAGACAGUCAAACGUUUACCUGAGCAAAUGUCAACAAAAUCGAAACGUUCAAUGCCUGAUGAUGACAAAAGCAGUGCUGUUAAUCUUCGACAGGCUCCAUUAGGCUCAUCGCAAUCUCAUGAUCCAAGCAAUCUAUCUGUUCUAUCUGAUGGGCAAACUGCGAAUCUCAUGGCCAAUUUAUUAACACUUCAAACAACAAUUCAAAAUUCCGAAAAUGUACCUUCGUCGACUAUCCAGCAAUAUUUGAAACGUAUCGAACAAUCGCCAUCAACACAAAACGAUCGUGAUAUUCAAAAGUUAAUUCAACAAAUUAAAGAUUUAUGUGUCAAUAACAGUUCGAAUAAAACUAAUGCAACUGCUAAUCGAAACAGUCCUUUGCACGCAUCUAACUCACCGAGUCAUAUUCAUCAGCGAAGUGAAAACAAACAUUUUUCGCUUCCAUCUGGAUAUCUGACGAAAUCACGUUAUGUGACAUACAUAUCUGAACAAACAAUUCGUGAUAAUUGGCCGAAAUUAUCUCAAAAUGCGUUACCUCUCGUCGAAGCUAUUAUUAAACAACCAAUUGACUUUGAUAAUGGAACACAUCUCGAUCGGCUAAUUCAACAACAUGGUCUCGAACAAUACGCAUCGUCAACACGAACUGCGAUCGAAAAUCCGUCGAAAGAUUACGAUAAGAUAUCCUACAUGAUGGAUUCGAUCGUCUUUAACAAUAUGACUAUGAUCGGUAGUCGAGAAGCUUUGAUACGUCCAUGGGAUCCAUCGUUACUCAAUCGAGCAUCGUCGAAAGGAACUUAUCCAUUUCUAUCGGGUAAUGGUCGAGCAAUUGAAAGAUAUCCGGUAAAUAAAGAUAUCGCUCUAUGGAUGGUCGAAACUGAUGACAAUAAGCCGUAUUUGCCAUCGGAAUUUCUUCCGAAUAAUGAACGAUUGAAUGAAAAAUACGACCGAGUCCAGCAACCACAAUUUGGCGAAAUUCGUCUAAAACGUCGCGAAGAUGAAACACGCUGGAAUGAACGUUAUGGUUUUACGAAAAACAAUCGUAUGCCUUUAGUUGUUAAUGAUCUACGUUCGUAUUUCAUGGAUUAUGACACGAAAAGAAAAUAUCAAGUUCAUGAUGACGUGCCAAUCAAUCCGGUUUGCCGAACAGGAAUUGCCGGACGAGGAGAUUUACCUUUCUGGGGACCGAAUCACUGUGUUGUUGUUGUCUUAUUACGAAAUCAUUACGAACCUGAAGUUGUUCUGAUGAAACACCAUGGAAAUGCUUUGGUGAUACCAAAAGGCUUCUACGGACAUGAAGUUCGAAUUGACAAUCAAAUCAAAAUUAUUCAAGAUCCUGUUUCCGGACAAAUUCUCCCACCCAAUCUGCUCGAUUAUUGGUGGUCUCAAACUACGAAGUUAAAUGAAAUGAAUAAUUCAAUAAAUCAUCUCAAACGCGUCCUAAAUGAAAAACAAUUAAAAGAAGAAUUCGCUGAAAUCUUUUCCCAAAAAGGAUGUAACAAAAGUGUCUUCGACAAUGGAUAUGUUGAUCAUCCAUUAAACACCGAUCAUGCGUGGGUAGAAUCCAGUGUAUGGAAAAUUCAAUCUAAAGAUUGGCGUAUCCCAGAAAUGAAAUCCAUGAAAUAUGCUAUUGCUGGUAAAUUAAUCUCGAGUUCGAAACUUCGUGACUUUUUUCUCUGGAUAAUUUCAGAUGAAGCGAAAAAUGCGAAUAAUAUCUCUUCAUUUAUAUGGAUGAAAUUGACAGAAGCGAUCUUGAUUGUACCUCCAUUUGAUCGAGGUAUUCUCAUCGACGUCCUGGCGACUGGUAUGCCAUUGUGA